AUGGCUGUAGCAGCAGCGGCCAGCCCCUCUGCGCCAUCCACGGCAGCACAGGCUUCAUCUUCGAGAUAUCCACUCCCUGCGUAUCACACUCCCUUUCACUCUCCCGCAUCGCACUACGCCUACUCCUCUGCCGCUUCAUCUUCCUCCUCGUCUGCUACUCAGAGUGUAGCGGAUGUGCAAGACUCCUCAACACCUUCCGAGGUAGCCGAGCCAGAUUCCUCGUCGGGCGUCAAGAAGCCCAAGAAGCGUCGUGGACCCAUCAGCCGUGCGCGAGCUGAGACCAUUGCCGCUCGGCAAGAAGCGGCCGCAAAGGCUGCAAUCCAGCAAGAGACAGAAGCACGGCGCCAAAAGAUCAUCGAUGCCACACCUGCCCCACCCUACAAGCUGCGGGUUAGUGCAAGGGCCAGCGGCCCCCCAGAUAAACCUAUGCACGCCAGGCCGGCCGAAGAACGGCAAAGCGUCUUGCCCGAGCACUACUGGUCUCACUUGCCUGACCCGGCUGUGUGGCACCGGUCUACGCUCAACAAAGACAGGCCUGGUUUCUUGGGGAGACACAGGUACUUUCUCUCCAAUCGGAAGAGCGUCAAGGAGCUCGUAGACUCCAUUGGCUUGGAGGAUAUCUCGCAGCAAAACGGCGGAGAAAAGGUCACCGUGGUGGAGGCAUUUGCAGGGGCUGGAACGAUUACCUCGGAGCUUCUCAAGCGCAAGGAAGUGGGUACGGUGGUUGCUCUGGAGCAGGAGACCUCCUAUCUGCCAUGGCUCGAGGAGCUCGCGAAGGACCCGACCGUUGCAGAUGCAGAUGGGGUCGGAGCCAAGGACAAGUUGAAGGUGCUAGAUCGGACUGGCUUCAAUUGGGUGACGUACGAGAUGAUGGAUGAGCAAGGCAUGCUGUCCCAUCUCAAACCGAUAGAUCAAAAGACCACUCAUGAGGCUAUCAGCCCAGCCCCGCUAGUGUUCAUUGCACAAUUGCCCAACAGCGUCCACGGGGACCAGCUUCUGGCUCAGCUGGCAGCAGCUGCAUCUGUCGGCCAGUGGCUCUUUCAGUACGGCAAAGUGAAGCUGGUGUUCAUCUGCCCCGAGGUUGUGACUAAGCGCUUCCUUGCAACUGCGGGAGACAUGUCUCGUUCUCGUCUCGGGACAGUGGUGUCAAUCCUUCACGAAGCCAAAGUUUUGCUCUCUCACGAAGCUCACUUUCUACCUCAGCCAAACCACGUCUUUCCUCCGAACCUUGGUCCUGGAAAGAGAACGCUAGCAGUGACUGCUAUACCGAACGAACAGUAUGGGAGUGCUCAGCCCUUUGCAGACCUGUGUGCUUUUGAGCUUGUGCCGCGGGAUACGCGCAUUCUAGCUUGGAGAAAGGCUAGAGGCAUCAAAGAGGAUGCAGAGGACAUUGCAGCAGCUCGACUCUCACAAGACGUGCCGGGUCUAAUGGGUGACGAGUACGAGUCCCUCGAAUAUCUACUGCGCAAUCUUUUCGUGUCUCGCACGCGAGACCUCCAGUCCACCCUGGAGAAGACCUACCCCGGCUCAUCGUCCAUCCUCAAGAAACUCACUCCCGAGGCUGUAGAGGCGGCUGCGGCUCGCAAUGGCUCCAAGCUAGUCCCGGUAGCCGGUGAAAUGCGCGUCAAUGAUCUGACCAAUGAUCAAUGGGUCUCUCUUGCCCAGAUCUUCGAGCGAUGGCCCUUCAGACCACCUCACCUCUUCGAGCGAGCGAAUCAAGGAGCAGUCCUCACAGAGAGGGAAAAAUUCAAAUAUAAAUCAAAGGCCAAGGUGGACACUGCUGCGACUAUGGGUCUAGAAGACGACGAAGCGGAGUAG